AUGGCGCCUAGUUUCGCGGGCAUGUCGGGGAGGCCCCUCUCGUUGACGGUGUCGACCAUCGCAACGAUGGGUUUCUUGCUGUUCGGUUAUGACCAGGGUGUCAUGUCUGGUAUCAUCAGUGCCAAGGCCUUCAACGACGUGUUUACCGCGACCAGGGGCGACAACACCAUGCAGGCCUUGGUGACUGCCGUCUAUGAGUUGGGUUGUUUGGCGGGUGCCAUCUGGGCCCUGUUCAUGGGUGACCGCAUGGGUCGUCGGUGGAUGAUUCUGUCCGGUGCUGCUGUGAUGAUCAUCGGUGUUAUCAUUCAGGUCACCUCGUUCGUCGACCACAUUCCCCUACUGCAGUUCUUCAUCGGCCGUGUUAUUACCGGUAUUGGCAACGGCAUGAACACUUCGACCAUCCCCACCUACCAGGCCGAGUGCUCGCGCACCAGCAACCGUGGUCUGCUGAUCUGUAUCGAGGGUGGUAUCAUUGCCAUCGGUACUGCCAUUGCCUACUGGAUCGACUUUGGUGCUUCAUACGGCCCCAGUGACCUGGUCUGGCGUUUCCCCAUUGCCUUCCAGAUCGUUUUCGGUAUCAUUAUCAUCAUCGGCAUGUACUAUCUGCCUGACUCUCCUCGCUACCUCAUCUCCAAGGGCAAGGUGCACGAGGGUGAGUACGUGCUGGCUGCUCUGGGUGGUCACGCCGUCGAAGACCACGAGACCCAGAUACAGAAGCAGCUCGUUAUCGAGUCGAUCGAGGCUGCGGGUGUUGCCGAGGGUGCUGGCUACUCUGACCUGCUCACCGGUGGCAAGACCCAACACCUGCGUCGUAUGCUUAUCGGUUCCUCGUCUCAGAUCGCCCAGCAGCUGUCGGGCUGCAACGCUGUCAUCUACUACCUGCCCGUGUUGCUGCAGCAGUCCCUCCACCAGGACAAGUUCAUGUCGAUGAUCAUUGGCGGUGUGAACAUGAUCGUGUACGCCAUCUUCGCCACCUUCUCCUGGUUCUUUAUUGAAAAGAUUGGUCGUCGCAAGCUGUUCAUUUGGGGUAUGACUGGCCAGAUGGUCUCCAUGAUCAUCGUGUUUGGCUGCCUAAUCCCCGACAAGGAGGGCCCGUCCAAGGGUGCCGUGUUCGGUCUGUUCCUGUACAUGGCCUUCUUCGGUGCCACCAUGCUGCCUCUGCCCUGGUUGUACCCGGCCGAGAUCUCGCCCAUUCGCACUCGUGCCAAGGCCAACGCCCUUUCGACCUGCAGCAACUGGCUGUUCAACUUCACUGUUGUCAUGAUCACCCCUGUUAUGGUUGAGCACAUCCGCUGGCGUACCUACCUGUUCUUCGCUGUGAUGAACGCCGUCUUCAUCCCGCUCAUGAUUCUCUUCUACCCCGAGACCGCUGGCCGCAGCCUGGAGGAGAUCGAUAUUAUCUUCGCCAAGGGCUACUGCGAGAACAUGAGCUAUGUCCGGGCUGCCAAGGAGCUGCCCAAGCUCACUGAUGAGGAGAUUGAGCAGAAGGCUAUGGAGUAUGGUUUCGGCAGUGGUGGUGGUAACGACGCCGAGAAGGGCACUUCUGAGCACUCGCCGCAGUCGACCUCGACCGAGGAGCAGCGGGCGUAA